GCAUUUGUACAGAAGCUCAGUAGCGUUUAUCUGCUGUUGUAAAGGUGCCGCUGAUUACCCGAUGAAUGAGCAAAACGCUCGUUCAUCAGAUAAUAGGAUUGUUCGUGGGGACACCUAAAUCUUCGUUUGCCAGCAGCAGAUCAUGAUGUCUGAACAGCCUCUGCCGCCUGCAAACAAUGAUUCUGUAUGGGGAUGAGCGAUGGCAUUAACAUUCACAGCAACCUAUACUGUGGAGGAGAUCACUGCAUGUAAAUGCAACAGUCUCCUCUACUGACAAACAGGCUAUUGAGCAGUGCAAAGGGGACUGUAGUCCAGGACAGUAGCAGGUAAAGAGAGACAUGGCAGUCAUGGAUACAGACAUCACAAGCACAUAUAAGUUUCCAGAUUCUUGAAAUGUUCCUGGGAAAAUGUCCUGAAUCUAUGUUAUUAAAACUGAAAGCUACAGAUAAGUGAACAGUAGUGGGUAUAAAAUAUACAGAACAUAAUGCACUAUGUCAUAGAAGACAUGACUGAGAAGAUUUCAUUUCGAGAAGAAACUCAUCUGAAGGCGACACACAUACCCACAGAAUCACAAAUUGGUUCAGUUCAUAUUAAGGGAAAACCAGUCCCAUAUGACAGAGGAAACCUUUCAGACACUGGUGAUAACUUUUUUACAGAUCGUGUACCAUAUACAUAUGUUUGUAUUAAGGAGGAACCAAUCUCAUGUGAUAAAGGAAAUCUCACAGAAUUCACAGAUUAUUUAAAGCCUUCCCCUAUUCAUAUUAAGAAAGAGCUAGUCUCAUGUAAUGGAGGACAGUCCACUAACCCAGGCAUGUUUAUUCCUACAGAUCAUCCACCAUAUCCAUUUUAUUAUAUUAAGAAAGAACCAACCUUAUGUGAUGGAGAAAUCAGUGAUCACUACAUUUAUACAACCACAAAGCAGAACCAACAAUACCCAUCUACUCAUGUUAGGAAAGAUGAACAUUUUGCACAGAAGAUAAACAUUGACACCCAUCAGAACAUCUACACUCAGCAGAAGUCAUUUUUAAGCGAGUGUGGGAAUGGUUUUACUGGUAGAACCCACUAUAUCACCCAUCAAACAAUUCACACUGGAGAAAAGCCAUUCUCUUGUUCUUACUGUGGGAAAGGCUUUUCCCAAAUGUCCUAUUUUCUUUCACAUCAGAGAAUACACACGGGGGAACGACCCUUCUUUUGCAUCAAGUGCAGUAAAAGUUUUCGAAUAAAGAGUAGCUUGAGCAAGCAUUUGAGGACUCAUAAACUUGACAAUCCAUAUAUUUGCCCUCUGUGCAAGAAAACCUUUAUCCACAAGGGACAUUUUGUGGCCCAUCAGAGGAUUCACAUGGAAGAGACGAGAUUCUCCUGUCCUUUCUGUGAAAAGGUCUUCAUUCAUCAUGGACAUUUUGUUGCUCAUCAAAGAAUCCAUACAGAAGAGAAAAGUUUUUCAUGUUCCUACUGUGACAAAAGUUUUAUCCAUCAUGGACAUUUUGCAGCUCACCAGAGAGUUCACACUGGUGAAAAGCCAUUUCCAUGUUCUGAUUGUGGAGCAUGUUUUAGUACUCACCAUAAUCUGGUGGUCCAUCAGAGACUACACUCAACUCCAGCCAUUAGCUUUUACGGAUCAUAGCUUAUUCUAAUGAUGAAAGGUGCUUCUUUCAUAUACACAAUUGAGCAAUUUACUGGUGUACAUGCAUCUAAUCAAUAUUGAACAUGUCUGUGUUAAAAAAAAAUUCUGGUACAUGAAUGAACCUACCGAAAUGUCCUUUUCAAUUUAGAAGAAUUAAGUGUAAAUGAUAAACCAAGACAGUAUUUAUUAGGACACUGCUUGACUACAGUUGGAUUCCUAUUUAUGAAUCUUCUGAAGCUUAAAGGGAAUGUCCGGGUUCAGAGCUGAACCCGGAUAUACCCUUAUUUUCACCCAGGCAGCCCCCCUGAGGCUCAUGCUCCAAUGUGCUACCUUGCAUGCGCUACCUUGCAGGGCACGGGUUCUUUUGUUUUCAAUAACACACUGCCGGGCGGAAACUUCCGCCUGGCAGUGUGUUUGGUGACGUUACCGGCUCUGAUGGGCGGGCUACAGCGCUGCCCUAGCCGUUUUACUGGCUAGAGCA